CGGGGUGAAGAAACCAGUAAAGAUACCAUUUUGCAUCAGAAACAACGCUGCGGCUUCGACUCGACUGCAACAUGCAGAUGAAGUUUAUGGUAAAGAAGGCAUGUUGCAGUGGGGGACGGGCAGGAGCACUGGAGUUGGGCAACUGCCCAAAACCCAUAGAGACGCCCGCUCUUCUCCUAUCCACUCGUAAAGGGCUUCCACAUUUUAUCGCCCCUGACCUACUCCCUUCUCUUCCUUUUCCGGAUUCCCAUCUCCUUCAAAUUUCCCCACUCCACUUUUUGGAAGGUCUUGCUUCAACCACAAUAUCAAAAAUAGGAGGCCUUCACCAGAUGCUUAGUUUGCACCAAUAUGGAAUUGCGGCAGUAGCCAGGGAUUCCAUCCAAUGCCUUCCUGAGUCUAAGGGAGCUACCAAACUCGGACCAUCUUUUGAGACUCCUUGUGGUCGUUUAUCGGUUAAACCCAAAGAUUAUGUUGAAAUGAUUUCAUGCAUGAGGCCAAAUAUAUGGGCCACUUUGGCUGAUGAGGUACCUGCUUGGGUGUCUGAAAAAAGGAACAAAACCUCAGUAGAUAGAACCGUGCGAUGGCUCGACGAUUGCCUUGCAUUAAAUCCGGCAGCUGGGUCAGUCUUUGGUGCGAUUGUUGGAGGCCCAAAUUUGGAUGAAAGGAAGCGGUGUGCUGUGGAGGUAGCCAAGCGAAAUGUAUCAGGUUAUUGGAUUGGAGGAUUUGGUCUAGGAGAGAGGAUUGAAGAGCGACCUGCUCUUCUAAGUGCCAUUAUAGAUGUCUUGCCAGAUGAAAAGCCACGCAUGAUCAGUGGGCUUGGGCUUCCAGAGGAAAUCUUGGAAGGAAUUGAUGCUGGGAUUGAUCUUUUUGAUUCAACGUACAUAUAUUCCCUUACACUUGGAGGAUUUGCACUCACGUUUUCGCUGGACAAGGGUGGAAAUCAAUAUGAUUUUCAGAGAUGCCAGGUUGAAAGGGACUUGACUAAAAUAAAUUUGAGAGCAAAAGUUUAUAGGAAAGAUAUGUCCCCCAUUUUAGGAAACUGCACCUGCUAUACAUGCCAGAAUCAUACUAAAGCAUACAUCAAUCACUUAUUUAAUGUUCAUGAAAUGCUGGCACAGACUCUGCUAGAAAUCCAUAAUACACACCACUACCUGAUGUUCUUUCGUGUAAUAAGGGAAGCAAUAAAGGAUGGAAGAUUUAAGAAAUUUCGAAUGACAUUCAUUGAGAGCAGGCGUGUGCAUCAGGAAACGGAAGCUGUUUGUGUUUGAGGUCCCAUGAGUUUAUGUAUAUCUGACUGGGUUUUAGCUUAGAUUUGAUAUACCUAUGAAACAUGAACUAAAUAUUAUAUACAUAAGGAAAUCAAUUUUUGUAGUGUAAACUGGUUUGAUUGGCUGUCAUUAGAUACAAAUUAUUUGAUUGCAGAAUGUGUUUUUGAUUAUUACUUUUGUAAUUAAUUAUGCCAACAUUACUCAUCUUA